AUGGGCAAAGCAACUGUUGAUGGGAAGAAACCAAAAGCAGUCAAAAAGAUGAAAGAUCCAAAUGCUCCAAAACGUGCAAUGUCAGCUUUCUUUAUUUGGAUGAACGAGAAUCGUGAUCGAAUCAAGAAGCCUGGUAUGAGUGUUGGUGAUGUUGCCAAAGCUGCGGGUAUCGAAUGGGCAGCGAUGACAGAUAAAUCACAAUGGGAGAAACGAGCGGAAGAAGACAAGAAAAGGUACGAAAGGGAGAUAGCUGCAUACAAAAACAAGCAAUAG